AUGGAAUUCGAUGAGAACAUGGCACUCAAUUACUCCAACUGUCUUAAUUUCUCGAGAAAUUGCACUAUCGUCGCCGCUUUCGCUCGAACAUGGCUGUCCGAUGAACUAGGAGUCGACGACAAAGCAGUCGCGGCAUACUUUCGCCAAGCUCUCCCUCCCAUGUUGCAACGUCAACCGACUAAUGGGCAGCUGAUCGACUGGUACUAUGACCUUCAAAUCAACGUGAGCUUCAUCCCUUCAUUCGAUGCCUGCCUAGACCCUGUAUGCAAGGCUGUCGACUGGAGUGGUGUACCGGAUAUUCUUGGACCAGGAGCCGUCUUUUCAACUCUUCUACCUGCGCUUUUCAUCUGGAAGAUGCGGCUUAAUCGUCAAGGAAUAACCCCUGGUAGCAGAUUGCGCUGGGUUUUCGAAGUCCAGAACGCCAUAACCGGCAUUCUCAUCAAUACUUGUUUACUUCUCAACUUCGCCAUUGAUAUCGCAGCUAUCGUGGUCAUCGCCCGCCGAGAUUCACUUGGCGAAAGCACUCAAGUUACGCUUGCCUUCCAAUUAACCUUAUUUUCUAUCUUUGGUUUUAUAAUUCUUGCCGUGUAUCCUACAACGAUGUAUGAUACCUUGGAGGCAUAUCCCUUCCCCAUGAUAAUCUAUGGUACCAACAUAGCUCUUUACUUCGUUGUAAUUGGGCUUGCUUUGCCGUCGGCAUCCUUGGAAUAUGUUAACUCUUCAUGGGAGAUUUACUGCUCUUGGGGUAUCAUGUCAAAACUGCCCAGGGGCUGCGAUGGCAAUACGAAAGAGGAAGAGAACCGCUUUAUGAAUCAUAUUCUGGACUUUUGGUCUAGUAAUGUGGGCCCUUCUAAUAAGUAUCACUGUGUUGAGGCAGCUGUUACUAGAGAGAAGUGGUUACAACUCCGAAGAUUCAUCCUGGUCUUUUGGUCAGAUAUUAGCAAUGGGGACGUUUCUCCCGUUGGCUGUUGA